UGUUAGUUAGAUCAUGACUAUCCGUCAAAUCUUAAAUUUUGCUAUUCAUCAAGUCAUCCAUAGAGCAUUUAAUUGUUGUGUGCUUGAUUAUUGACAAGAAAUAAAUUUAAAAUAGCAAUAAUAUAGUAAAUAUGGGAAGUGUACGAACUAUUAAUGAUGACAAUCAAUUACAAGGAGAAUUACGGAGUGCAGGAACAAAACUGGUUGUUGUUGAUUUUACUGCAACAUGGUGCGGUCCAUGUCAAAGAAUGGCUCCAAUCUACGAUCGGUUAUCGGUGAAGUAUCCAAAUGCCAUAUUUUUAAAGAUUGACGUUGACAAGUGUCCUAACACUGCCAUGAAUCAGGGUGUCACUGCAAUGCCUACUUUUAUUUUCUUCAAAAAUCGAACUAGAGUAGGAAUUUGCCAAGGAGCUAAUGAAAUUGAUCUAGAAUCAAAAAUCAAAGAAUGUUAUGGAAACGGCGAUGCCGACGACACCGAGGGAUCCGUUGCUGGACAUAUGGACUUGAGCAGUUUUAUAGUAAAGACACAGUGUGAGUGUUUAAACGAAUCUGACGAGCAUCCCUUAAUUCAAUGUUUAUCGGCAGACGAUGGCUACUUGGAAAGUGACUGCGAUGAACAACUUAUCAUGUCUUUUACUUUUACGCAAGCUGUUAAAGUGCAUUCUUUAAAAAUUAAGGCUCCGUCGGACAAAGGUCCCAAAAUCGUAAAGUUGUUUAUUAAUCAACCUAGGACAAUUGACUUUGAUAUGGCAGAUUCCAACACCAGCACUCAAGAUAUUACAUUUACAAUGAAAGAAGUGGAAGAAGGCAAUCCUGUUCAACUGCGUUACGUAAAAUUCCAAAAUGUGCAGAACCUGCAGAUUUUCGUAAAGGACAAUCAAAGCGGUUCAGAAACGACUCAAAUCGAUCAUUUAGCCAUUAUUGGAACACCAAUCAAUACUACUAACAUGGGCGAAUUUAAACGAGUUGCAGGAAAGAAAGGAGAGAGUCACUGAUUUCCUCUAGACCAUUAUAAUUUUAAAGUUAUUUUUCUUUCUAAAACGAAAUUUUGAAUUAUGGCAUAAAAGUUGUUUGCAUGUUAAUAUUAUUAAAAGAUAUAAAUUUAAGUAAAUUAGAUUUAGCAAGAUGAAUGCAGGUUGCGAACAGUCAAUUAUUUAUGCGUGUCUUCCUUACUCUUACUUAAAUAAAUUUAAAUCUUUUAAUAAAUGAGAGAGACGAAAAAUGGUUCCGCUACUUCUGUUUGUAAGUAAAGAAAAAUAUUCUAAAUGUUUGUAAAAAGUGUGCCGAUUCAUUCGAUUGAAAUGAAAGAAAGAUUGCAGUUUCUUAAAAGUGAAACCUCUUCUAGAAAAAAUCUUAUAACACAGAAUUUUUCUAAAUAUAUGCGAAAAAUAUUCUUCUAUUUAAUUUGUAAAAACCUACUCAUUUUUUUUUAAUUUAUCAGCCAUGAGUUUCAUGUUUUGCCCUAAAAAAAUAUUUCAAAAUAUUCUGAAUAACAAUUAAUUUGUACCAAUAGUUUGGAAAUAAAUAUAGAAUAUUAUUUGUAAAAUUA